CAUCUCCAUCAAUAAUCUAAAAAUCUCAUCCUACUUACCGGCGACGACGACGACGACGACAGACAGACAGAUACUUAACCUAGCGAGAAUAUGAGCAAUCUGAAGCGGAAGGCCACGCCUGAUCUCACAUCGAACCAGGGCACCAAAACCCGACGAAGCAUAGGCCCCGAAAUAGGCAUCGACGACGCCGAGAGGAGUAUUCCUACGCCUAUCUCGCUCUCCGACUCCAACGACUCCAACGAAGAUAUGGAUGAGGAUGGGGAUGUAUUGAUGGGCUCGCCUGAUGCAGAUGCUGGCACGGAAGAGAAUCCUAUAGAGCUGACGGACGAUGAUGAUGUGCCUGCAGCUACAGGGAAGGAGAGUGGUGGGAAAGAGAAUGGGAAGGGGAAGAUGAGCCCGAGGAGGGUGUGGGGGUUGCAUGUGCAGCAGUUGACGGAGUUGUGGGGUGAUGAUGAUGAUGAGGCGGUCAUUCGAGGCUUCAAACAAGAAUCAGACGACACAAUCCUCUUCACUCUCCCGCACCCUUCCAACCCCUCCCGCACGCUCAGCAUAACCCUCAUGUGCGCCGACACCUCGUCCUACCUGCACGACCACCAAUUUUUCGCCUACACGGACGACGACGUUUCUUCCUCUGUGAGUGAGGUGUUGGCGGGCGCAUCAGAGCUGGGAAGUGUGGCGGUGUAUGAAGCUUGUGCGUGGAUCGCGAGGAAGGUGUGGAAGAGUAAGAGCGAGGAUGUGGAUCUGCAGUUGGUCAUGGCACAGAGCGUUUUGGCGUCUUCGGACGGGGGAGGGGGUGGGAAUGGGAAUAAUAAGGCGAAUGGGAGGGGAAAGGCGAGACAGGCGUUGACGGCGAAUAGUAGUCGUGCGACGGUCGAGGAGGAGGCGGAAGCCGAGGACGACUCGGAUGUAGACGAUUAUCCGGACGAUGAGUAUUUCGAUAUUAAGCCGAGAGAUGGAGCGGCGGAGACGGCGAUGAAGCUUGCGCUUAAACGUGACUUCUUGCAGAUCUCGGCGUCGGGAUAUCGUCCGGGUUUUACGAGGAUUAACGAGCUUGAUAAUGUGAUCAGCGUUUCGGUCAAAGUGGGCACUUUGGACAUUCCGCUUUCUGUCCUGGAGGCCUGGGACGCGAAGUUCCGCCAGGGAGGCAAUAUGUAUCUCACUUUGUUAAUCAACAUCGGAGCGAGCUAUCCCCUCGAUAUCGACCAGCUCCGUAAUGGGGACGUUAAAUUCGCGGUUGGGCUCGGUUCGAAGUACAAACCAAGCAAAGAAGCCGUCACCUCCGCCUUCCGCGCACACUCCUCCCGGCUGCCAGUGAAAGGGGAAGGCAAAGACGGGAGCAAGGCGGAUUUCGAGCCGUUUAGUGUGGGCCAGCCGUUGGCGGCGUUGAUGAAGGAGCAUUUUGUGGAGUUGGUUAAGUUUAGGAGGAGGCCGCGGCAGACGUCGAGCGAGCAGGGGAGCCAGACUUCGAGCGCGAAUCAGCAGCAGGGUCAACAGCGGGGACAGAGUACGACGUCGAGCACGAACACGAGCGUGAUUUGGCAUUCGGGCAUGUCGGCGGCGAGGGGGAAGGUGAAGAAGGUGAGGCCGUUUGGGUGGGCGGGGGCGGAGAGGGUGUGUUUGGGGAAGGUGGGGGAGAUGGCGGGGGUGGGUGUUGUCGAUCCGAGGCAAGCGGAGAUGGAGGAUGAGGAAGAGCAAGAGCUGGCGGAGACGUAUAACCUGCCAGAAGAUCCGUUGCGCGAUCCAGAAUAUAAGGAUAACUUCCCGCUCAUCGCUUUCAGCUAUCUCGUGAGACGGUUCAAGAUGUGUCCGAGGUUCUGUCUCGUCUGCCAUCGAGGGAUCAAUAGCGAGGUGCAGGCUUUGAAACCGUACGUUUGCGGGGAUCAGCUUUGUUUGUACCAGUAUAUGUCUGUGGGACUGGGACCAUCGAUCGAUUAUGAGAUCGUGACGAAUGGGCCUGCGGUUGAUCUACUCGUACAAUUUGCGUACCACAGUGCGGGCGAGACAGAGAUGAAGGAAUAUCCUGACGGUAUUCAUUUACAGGCGCCCAAACCAGGUGUAGCCGGUUGGAAACCUGGCGACGAAGAGGUGGAUUUUGACGGGUUGUCGCCGGAAGAGAAGGGUAAGGCUGUGACUAUGCUGUUGGAUCAAUUGCCGUCUAUCGCUUCGAUGAAGUCGUGGCUGGAAGGAGAGAAUAUGACGGACAAUGAAAGACAUUCGGGGAAGAUUAGGAAGUUGAAGGACAUAGAUGGCGGGAAGAUCCCGGAAUCUGCGUUUAAGCUUCUUCGUUGGAUUAUCGCCUCGAAUACUUCCUACCUCCGCGCGCUCUCAGAUCCAGAUGAAAUGGUCCACGGGCUCCCAGGCUACACCCAAUUCCGAUUCGUCACGGGAUCUCCGGAUAAGGAGCAUAAGCUCAAACUGGCGAUCCAGGCAGCUCAGGCGAGAUGUGUGAAUGCGAAGCAGUAUCCGACGCUGUUCGCGUUUCAUGGGAGCGGGGCGAGGAAUUGGCAUGCGAUCAUUCGGGAGGGCCUGCACUUCAAGAAGAGGACGAACGGACGGGCGUUCGGAGACGGAGUGUAUUUUGCGAAGGAUGGCGCGGCGUCGGUGUCGCAGUAUGCGUCGCCGUCGACUUCGAUGAACUGGAAGAACGCGGAGAAUGGGAUCGUGAAGGUUAUGGCGCUUUGUGAGAUUGUGAAUCUACCGAACGAGUUCACUUCCAAGACGCCUCACCUCGUGGUUCAGCACCUUGACUGGAUCCAAGCUCGCUAUCUCAUCGUCCAGCACGCCGCCAGCACGGUACCGCAAUUACGACAUGGCGUUCUUGUGGCUGGAGCAACCAGCGCUGGCGAGGAGCCCGCAGAGCCCCCGACAGGCGAGAUGUUGCCCAUGGAUCCAGAACACCAGGCCCUUAUGCAUGGCACCAAGAUCUAUGUGCCUGCUAUUGCUGCGAAGCUGGCUAAGCUGGAGGGAGAGAUGGCCUCGGAUACGGAGUUCGACUUGGACGAUACGGAUCACGAGUUGAUGGAGUUCGAGCCCGGGAAGGAAUCUUCGAAUGUGGAACCGUCGGCGUCUUCGUCUCAGGCUCAGCAGAGGAAGAAGACCGCUGCUGAUGAGCCGCCGUAUGAGCCUUGCGCUGCGGAGGUGUUGAAGCACGUUACGUUGAUCCCACCGCCGACGAGGGCUAACCCUAUGGCGUUGAGCGUAUUGGCGAGGGAGGUUAAGGCUAUGAUGAAGAUGCAGGAGGAUGAACCGCCUAGUAUGAGAGGCUGGUAUUACGAUCCGGACACAACCGACGACAAUCUAUUCCAAUGGGUAGUAGAGCUGUUUGGGUUCGACCCAGAGCUGCCUUUAGCGAAGGAUAUGAAGGCGAGGGGUGUCAAGGCGAUCGUGAUGGAGGUUCGGUUCAGCCAGAAUUUCCCGUUCGCUCCGCCAUUCUUCCGUGUGAUUUCUCCUCGGUUCUUGCCAUUCAUUCAUGGUGGCGGUGGUCAUGUCACGGGCGGUGGUUCGAUGUGCAUGGACCUGCUUACUUCCUCUGGAUGGAUCUCGACAUACAGCGUUGCGUCGAUCUUGCUCCAGAUUCGCAUGGCCAUGUCGAACUUGGAGCCCAGACCUGCGCGUCUGCAUCCUGAUCAUUGGGAUCAACCGUACACCGUGCCCGAAGCGGUCGCUGGCUUCAAGCGCGCGGCAGCCACGCAUGGAUGGGAGGUCCCGAAGGAACUGGAGGAGAUGACAAAGUACAAUUAGACAUGGUCUCGUUUGUCGCUAUUCGCUUAAUUAGUUCAUCUUUCCUGUUCAUCUCCUCUCCUCUACUCGCCUUGCAAUUGAUCCAGCCUCGGGCCUUUGAACGAUACGUCCUCAUCCAUUUAGCUUUUCCAUUCAUUCAUCCAUCCGUCCAUUCAUCCAUCGCCUGCACUCCUCUUCCAGUCACUACCUUGCAAUGAAUAUAGCUCGUGUAUCAUAGACCAUGUCAUAUUCGUUUUGU